AAACCCAAUUUCAAAGCCGUAAAAUGCAGCCGCUGGAUGGAUCCGCACUGAUUCCGAGGAACGCGAUAACUCGUAGCACUAACUCAACGGGAGUCGGCUCAAGGAUACCAUGGGAAUUAAGUUUUUGGAGGUCAUCAAGCCGUUCUGUGCGGUUCUACCAGAAAUUCAGAAACCAGAAAGAAAGAUUCAGUUUAGAGAAAAAGUACUAUGGACAGCCAUUACACUCUUCAUCUUCCUGGUGUGUUGCCAAAUUCCUCUCUUUGGCAUCAUGUCAUCAGAUUCGGCAGAUCCCUUCUACUGGAUGAGAGUCAUUCUGGCUUCCAACAGAGGUACUCUGAUGGAGUUAGGUAUCUCCCCCAUCGUCACCUCUGGCCUCAUCAUGCAGCUGCUUGCUGGAGCCAAGAUCAUUGAGGUUGGAGACACUCCCAAGGAUCGCGCUCUCUUCAACGGCGCUCAGAAAUUGUUUGGAAUGAUAAUCACCAUCGGGCAGGCGAUCGUGUACGUCAUGACCGGCAUGUAUGGUGACCCUUCGGAGAUGGGUGCUGGAAUAUGUUUACUCAUCAUCAUCCAGCUUUUCGUUGCCGGUCUGAUUGUUCUGCUGCUUGAUGAGCUGCUGCAGAAAGGAUACGGUCUGGGCUCUGGUAUCUCUCUAUUCAUAGCCACCAACAUUUGCGAGACCAUCGUCUGGAAGGCCUUCAGCCCUACCACCGUCAACACUGGAAGAGGAACUGAAUUUGAGGGUGCCAUUAUUGCACUCUUUCAUCUGUUGGCCACUCGCACAGACAAAGUGCGCGCCCUGCGAGAAGCCUUCUACAGGCAAAACCUGCCCAACCUCAUGAACCUCAUUGCCACAGUCUUUGUGUUCGCUGUCGUUAUAUACUUCCAGGGCUUCAGGGUGGACCUCCCCAUCAAGUCAGCACGCUAUCGCGGUCAAUACAACACCUACCCCAUCAAACUGUUCUACACCUCCAACAUCCCCAUCAUCCUGCAGUCGGCCUUGGUCUCGAAUCUUUACGUUAUCUCCCAAAUGCUGUCAACGCGGUUCAGUGGAAACUUCUUGGUGAACCUACUUGGAACGUGGUCUGACACAUCGACUGGUGGACCAGCUCGGGCCUACCCAGUGGGUGGGCUCUGCUACUACCUGUCUCCUCCAGAGUCCUUUGGUUCUGUUUUGGAUGAUCCGGUUCACGCUGUAAUAUACAUUGUCUUCAUGCUCGGCUCUUGUGCCUUCUUCUCCAAGACCUGGAUUGAAGUGUCGGGAUCCUCUGCCAAAGAUGUGGCAAAGCAACUUAAAGAGCAGCAGAUGGUGAUGAGGGGACACAGAGAGACUUCAAUGGUGCAUGAGCUGAACAGGUACAUCCCCACUGCUGCUGCCUUUGGUGGCCUUUGUAUAGGAGGUCUAUCUGUAAUGGCUGACUUCCUAGGAGCCAUUGGUUCUGGCACAGGAAUCCUCUUGGCUGUGACCAUCAUCUAUCAGUACUUUGAGAUCUUUGUGAAAGAGCAGAGCGAAGUGGGAAGCAUGGGAGCGCUGCUCUUCUAGAAAAUGCCACGUCGACGACAUACAGCAUACACACAGAGCCUCCAAACCGUGUCAAUCUUUUGUGUUCCAUCUUCCUUUUUUCAGCAAUUUGCACAAUCUGUUCAUUUUGCAUCUGGGAUAGAUCGUUUUACACCUUUUGUCUCUCUGGUGCUGUCUAGAGAGCUAUUUUAUUUUCUCCCUGCUUUGAGCUUAUUAUUGUCUCCAACCAUUUCUUCUGCUCUUAACCAUCCAUGGUGGGUUGCCUGACUUCCCACUGACUGUUUCAUCAGCUGAAGAGUCCCUCAACACGUGUGUGGGGCUGUCUUUGACUCACCUGGGGCGUUUUUCACUGAGAACACUAUGACAAAAUUUCAAACAUUGGGAUAUGCAAAAGAAUGCCAUGUCACCAGUCAUACUGGAGUUUUCUUGGGGAUUUGAUAGCUGGAUGUGAAGAGUAUGAACAAAAUGUACUUUAGCUUGGCAAGGUGCCUACAUUUACCUUUAUGUUUAUAUUCUCCAUGAUGGACGGUUCAUAUUCGCUCUAGUCUUAUGUAGGACCCAAUAUGUUUGUCCUAUAUCUGGCUGGAAGAGGAAAGUGAUAGUCUGCACUGUCUUGCUCUUUAAUUCCCAGACUGAAUUGCUGCACAAAACUGCCCGGGUGGUCAGUAAGAGGGUGGGUUUGAUAUGGACGCAAAGGGGGUUUCAUUUUGGUUUUUACUCUUAUGUAACAGACAUAAUUGUGUUAUUAAAAAAAUGUUUUUCCAACAAA